GGAAGCGGAAGGUGCUGCGGCCGCCUCACGGAAAGGGAGCGGGGGGGCCCGCCGCGGAGCUGAGGGGGGGACCAUGGCGAACCGGACGGUGAAGGACGCGCACAGCAUCCACGGCACCAACCCGCAGUACUUGGUGGAGAAGAUCAUCCGCACCCGCAUCUACGAGUCCAAGUACUGGAAGGAGGAGUGCUUCGGCCUGACGGCCGAGCUGGUGGUGGACAAGGCCAUGGAGCUGAGGUACGUGGGGGGCGUCUACGGCGGGAACAUAAAGCCGACCCCCUUCUUGUGCUUGACGCUGAAGAUGCUGCAGAUCCAGCCCGAAAAGGACAUCAUCGUGGAGUUCAUAAAGAACGAGGACUUCAAGUACGUCCGAAUGCUUGGCGCGCUGUACAUGAGAUUGACGGGCACUGCCAUUGACUGCUACAAGUACCUUGAGCCGCUCUACAACGACUACCGAAAAAUAAAGAGUCAGAACAGAAAUGGGGAAUUUGAAUUGAUGCACGUGGACGAAUUUAUUGAUGAACUACUCCACGAGGAGCGCGUAUGCGAUAUCAUUCUGCCUCGAUUACAGAAACGUUAUGUUCUGGAAGAAGCUGAGCAACUUGAGCCUCGUGUUAGUGCUUUGGAAGAAGACAUGGACGAUGUAGAAUCUAGUGAGGAGGAGGAGGAAGAAGAUGAAAAGCUGGAGCGAGUACCCUCUCCUGACCACCGCAGAAGAGGCUACAGAGACCUCGAUAAACCCCGCAGAUCUCCAGUUGUGCGCUACAGGCGGAGCCGAAGCAGGUCUCCCAGAAGGCGAAGCCGCUCUCCAAAGAGAAGAAGUCCAUCACCGCGCCGGGAGAGGCAUCGCAGCAAGAGCCCAAGGCGACACCGGAGCAGAUCCAGGGAGAGGCGCCACAGAUCAAGAUCUAAAUCUCCAGGGCAUCACCGCAGUCACAGACACAGAAGUCAUUCCAAAUCACCUGAAAGAUCUAAGAAAAGUCAUAAGAAGAGUCGGCGAGGGAAUGAGUAACAGACUGAAUCCCGUGCCCAGUUUAAGGACCUUGGUUUGCUUUACGGGACAGCUGGAUACGUACUGGCUGCUUUAGCAGUCCUUUUCUUUAAUCCUUCUCCUCUUGUACAAAUCCUGUUUGGGUUUUGUUAUUUUCUUUUUUUUUUUUUUUUAAUUAAAAGAAAGCUAGGGAUACUUUCAAUGUAGUGAGUUACUCAUCCUUGUGAUAGAAUUUGAGGAUUGUUUUUUAGCUGUUUUUCUCAAGGCCUGUAAAAACUCGUGAAGAACAAUUAAAGGGGGUUUUUUGCUGUUUAAA